AUGUCAUUCAACGAGUACAUGAAAGGAUAUGGAGCAGUGAUUGAGGUAUGUGGACAUGCCUUAAUGUUUGCUCCAGAGUCCCAACGCAGCAACAAAGAACUUGUGCUUGCUGCUGUUAAAAAUUAUGGACCUGCGUUAGGAUAUGCCAGUGAUGAUCUCAUUAACGAUGAAGAAAUUGUUUGGGAGGCCAUUAAGAAUGAUUUAGAGGCAUUAUUCUAUGUUGGAAAUGACCUCUAUUACAAUCGAGAUUUUAUUUUGAAGGUUGUGACAGAACUUGGAGAUGCAUUAAGGUAUGCAGAAGACUGGUUCGAUGGCAAGGAAAUUGUCUUAAAAGCAGUUACAAGUGAUGGUCAAGUAUUUGAAUGCAUUCCACACGCUCUUCAAGAAGACCGAGAAAUUGUAUUGGCUGCUGUCAAAAGUUAUGAUAUGGCUUUGGGCUGGGUCAGUUAUGAUUUUCAGAACGAUAAGGAAAUUGUUUUGGCUGCAGUGAGAAAUGAUUCAUUUUCUCUCGUAUAUGCCAAUGAUGAAUUGCAAUGUGACAGGGAGAUUGUAAUGGAGGCCUUAAAACAAGAUGGAAGAGUACUUUCUUGUGUCCAUGAGUCGCUCCGACAAGAUAAAGAAAUGGUCAUGACAGCAGUGAAACAGCACCCAGAUGUAUUGAGUGCCGUUCAAAACGAACCAUUAAGUGGAGAUAAGGAAAUUGUAUUGGCUGCCGUCUCUAACAGAGGUGCAUGUUUAAGUCUUGCUUCGGAGGAAUUACGGGCAAGGAGAUUGUCUUGA